CAUCUCUCAAACCCAAACCACUCCUCCCAUCUCUCAAAGCCAAACUAUUACUAUUCACACAUUCACACUAGUCACUGACAUUCUUUCUUUCGUUUCAAACUCGAAAAUCAGUUGAAGCUACAAAUUUACAUAGCUCUCUCUCUCUCUCUCUCUCUCUCUCUCUCUCGGUCCAGCAGGCCAGGCGACGGACUUGUCGAAAACGAAAAGCGUCUCUCUGAGCGCAAUCACUUUCUUUUGGGGCUUUCUUUUUCGGGGAGAAAAAGGUGAAAGAUUGCUUUCUCUCUCCUCCCGACUCUAUCUAAACAAAGCCCACAACUCCAUCUCAUUUAUUUUGUUGUUCAAUGCAUCACUCAAUCCUGCUAGACAGAAAAAUAGAUUCAAUCACAUCCACUUACCAUUGAUCUCAUCUGUAUGCGAUUGAAUACAUAAAGAAGGCCACUCCAUCGUUAUUGUCUUUAUCCGAUAGUCUGAUACACUGAGCUGUCUUUCCGGGCGACCAUUUCGCCGGAGAAUGGCUUACAUGUGCACUGACAGUGGAAAUCUAAUGGCGAUCGCUCAACAAGUCAUCAAGCAAAAACAACAGCAGCAGAAGCAACAGCUCGUAGGCGUCGAUACUUUCUCCCCCCUCAACCCAUGGAGUGGGACCCAUCAAACCAUUAACAAUCCUCCAUCCUUUGGAUAUGGUCUCGGCGCUGGUUUCUAUGACUCCUUUCCCGUCGCCGGAACUUCAGAUACCGGGGACACCAUGCUCCCGUUUCCACACUUGGACGACCCGCACCACUCGACCGACUUCAGGUUCUCUGAUUUGGGUGGAAAUACCGGUGACGAGUUCGACUCGGACGAAUGGAUGGACAGUUUAAUGGCUGGUGGUGAGUCGACGGAGAGCUCGGAGCUUCCAUCCGUCUGCGACACAUGGCACGCCAACCAUGACUACUCUCUCUAUGGCGGCGAUCCCUUCGUUGCCUGCUCCGGUCGGCUCAACGUCUCCGUUCCUUCACCGUCCGACCUCAAUCGACUCGUCUUCUCAGAUACCCAGAAAACUCCCAAACCACUCCAAACUCAAGCUUUGACGUGCGCCCCUCUGCCGCCAGCUCCACCACUUCCGCCGCUACCUGAUGACUCCCCAACAGCGACUCAUCCGCCAGCAAUAAAUAGGGGAAAUGAUGCCAGUGGUGUCUAUGCUCCUUCACCUGAUGAAACCGAGUCCGCGUCGCAGCUGUUGAACUCCCUCCUGGACUGUGCCCGAGUGGCCGAUUCCGAGCCCGAACGCGCCGUCAAGCCACUGAUCGGACUCCGGGAGUCAUUUUCCGAACACGGCGAUCCAACGGAAAGAGUUGCAUUUUAUUUCGCCGAAGCUCUUUACAAUCGGAUUUCUACAAAAGCUGGGAGAACCGCGUCUACCGUUGAGACUUGUUCGCAAGAUUUUACACUGUCUAAAACUUUAAACGACGCUUGUCCCUAUUCGAAGUUUGCCCAUUUAACGGCGAACCAGGCGAUACUCGAAGCGACUGAGACGGCGAGUCGGAUACACAUCGUGGACUUUGGAAUCGUCGAAGGAGUUCAAUGGGCGGCACUCUUCCAAGCUCUGGCCACUCGGUCCACCGGGAAACCUUCCAGAAUCCGAAUCUCUGGAAUUCCCGCUCCCGCUCUUGGGAAAUCACCGGGGGAUUCUCUGGUGGCCACCGGUAAUCGUCUACGGGAAUUCGCCAAAGUUCUCGAUCUAAAUUUUGAGUUCGAAUCUAUCUUGACACCAAUUGAGGAACUUGAGGAGUCGAGUUUCCGAGUUGACAUGGAUGAGGUUUUGGCGGUCAAUUUCGUGCUUCAGCUGUAUAACCUGUUGGACGAGACACCAGCUGCCGUCGAGAGGGCUCUGCGAUUGGCAAAAUCUCUGAAACCCAAGGUCGUGACGCUCGGGGAGUACGAAGCGGGGUUGAACCGGGUCGAUUUUCUCAACCGGUUUAAGGUUGCGUUGCGGUACUACACGGCGGUUUACGAGUCGCUUGAACCAGGCAUGGCAAGAGACUCUGCCCAGAGGCUCCUGGUCGAAAGGUUGCUACUUGGUAGGCGGAUCGCUGGUGUGAUUGGACCAGAAGAAGGUGAAGAAGGUUCGAUCAAACGGGAAAGAAUGGAGGAGAAGGGGCAAUGGAAGGCUUGGAUGGAAGGUUGUGGGUUCCAAUCGGUGGCCCUUAGCCAUUACGCCAUUAGCCAGGCUAAGAUCCUCCUUUGGAAUUAUAGUUACAGUUCUAUGUAUUCUCUGAUGGAAUCACCACCUGGGUUUCUUUCGCUUUUGUGGAAUGACGUCCCCCUUCUCACUGUUUCUUCCUGGCGCUAGUGGGUUUUGUUUUGUUCCAAUUUCCGCCAUCGAUGGUCUUAUCAGGAACAUUUUGCAACAGAGGAAUGGGGUUGCCACGAAUCUACAGAUAUUGUUUUGGAAAAUCCUCAGUUGGGUUUGACUGGCAUGGCUUCGUCAUUAGUGCUUGUUUGGUGCUUCUGAUCAUUCAGAUGAACAAUUGCUCGUUAUUUUGCCAUUUUGUUUCUAGCCGUUUCUUUUUGUUUGUUUACAGGUCUGAUUGGAUGGAUAUAUCUGUAAAAAAGAAAGAAGAAAAGAUCUUUAGCGAUCUGUAUAUAGUUUUGGGUCUGAUACUGUGUAACUUUAACUUCUCUUCAAUCUGUCCAUCUCCAUAUGAUCAA